AUGCUGACAAGGGCUAGUCGGCCUGAGGAGAUUGCUAUUGAUGAUGAUGAUCUGUACAUCUCCAUUGCUCUUCUUGCCGAAGCCGGGGAAGAGGAAAAGAGGAACAAGAAGAAGCGGCGUGGAGCAAUACCGGGGCGUACAGUGGUUCCAAGGGACAGGUUUGGUUCCAACUUGCGCAUUGUGGCCCAGUAUUUUGCAAAUCCUCCAGUGUACAAUGAAAAGUUCUUUAGGAGGAGGUUUAGAAUGUCCAUGAAUCGUUUCUUGCGCAUUGUGGAUGAGGUUGAGAGCCAUGAUGAUUACUUCAGGCAGAGGGCAAAUGCAGUAGCUGACAAUGUUGAUGAUGUUGUGAGACUUGCUGAGAGCACUAUGAAUGAAGCAUUCGAGCACUUUGUGAGGGCUGUGGUUGAGAAAUUUGGAGAGCAAUACUUGAGGGCACCUACGGUGGAUGACACAAAACAUUUAUUUGCUAUUAACAAGGCUAAAGGGUUUCCAUGUAUGCUUGGUUCUAAAGAGAGCAAUACUUGUGGAAGAAUUGCCCAACAGCUUGGAAAGGGAUGUUCUCUAAAUGACAUCAAUGUUCUGCAACGAUCACCAUUGUUUCAACGUCUUACAUCAGGGACAUCUCCGGAGGUGGAGUAUGAGGUUAAUGGUAACAAGUAUACCAUGGGGUACUACCUUGUCGAUGGCAUCUACCCUUUAUGGGCUACUUUUGUGAAGACCAUAUCUUGUCCACAAGGUAAUAAGAAGAAGCAUUUUGCAAAGGUGCAAGAAGCUGUGAGGAAGGAUGUGGAGAGAGCAUUUGGUGUUCUACAGAUUCGUUUUGCAAUGGUGAGGGGUCCUGCAAGAUGGUGGGACCCGGAUAUUCUUUGGUACAUCAUGACUGCUUGCGUCAUUCUGCAUAACAUGAUCAUCGACGAUGAGCGAGGUGAGGAGGAGGAGUUCGACUAUGAUCAAGAGGAUACAGAGGUGCUGACUCAAGAGGACUAUGGGUACCGUGAUCCACUUCUACUAGAGGAGUUCUCGGCGAUUCAUAGGGGCAUUAAAAAUAGGCAAACACACGAACAACUGAGAGAUGAUCUUGUUGAGCAUCUGUGGGAGUUGCAUAGUUCUCAGUAG